AUGGAUGAAGCUUUGGUGAAGUAUGACGAUGAAGUGAGUGUUGAAACUCAAUUCGCGAAAGCGUUGGAAGAUUAUCAAUUAUCCUUGAAUACAGUUAACAAUAACAAUAAUAAUAAUAAUAAUAACAAUAACACAACCAGUUUAAGUGAUGAUCAAAUGGAUCAGGAUAAUGUACAGCAAGCUAUACCUCAAGAUUUUAUAAGAGUUUUUAGCGAUAUCACAGCAAAAAGAGCAUUGGAUAUCAAAACUGAAAAUAUUAAUGAUGAAGAAGAUACAUACGUAGAAGAGGAAUUUGAACAUUGGGAUUUAGAGACAAAAUUAUGGAGAUUAGUUGAAAAUUUGUAUUAUUCAAGAGUAUAUCAGAGAGAAUCAUUUGCAAGUAAAAAUGAAAUGCACAAAUCAGAUUUAUUAGUAAUUUUAGAUUGGAUACAAUUUAACUCAACUAUAGAACCAAUUCCAAAUGGAGAUGAUGAAGAAUCAUUAAAACUUCGAAACAAAUGGGCAAACACUAGAAUAUCACUCAGUACAUCAGCAUAUAGCUCGCUAGCUGGACACGAUAGUAAAGCAAAUUUAGUAGAAAAGUUAGAUGUUGAUGCACCUUUAAGAAGUAACAAAGAAAUAGAUCCAAAAGAUCAUGAAAUUGAUUCCAAGAAUUUUGAAAUUAUAUAUAAAUUGUUACUAAUUGGUGAGGUGAAAAGUGCAAUAGAUUAUGCAAAAGAUACAGAAAAUUUCUCAAUGGCUUUGAUAUUAGCUGGUGAACUAAACAUACGUAAUCAAGAGGAAGAAGAAGGUGAUAAAGCAAACUAUAACAAAGCUGUUUGGAUAAAAUUGGUGUAUAAUUUGUCAAAAAAUCCAAACAUCGGAUACUAUGAAAAAUUGAUUUACAAUUAUUUAAGUGGUGGUGAAAUAAGUGAAAAUCUAAAAUUAGCAUCAUAUUCAUAUGAAGAAUAUUUGAAUGUUUUAAUAAGUCAGUUGUUGAAUCACGACAUUUUAAAAGAUCAUAAAACUUCAGAAUUAAACGAUAUAGUGGUGCCUAAUCCACAAGUAAAUUCUUUAAAGGGAAUAUUAAAUAUUAUAUCAGAUGCAACUGGAACACAAGCGAGUGAAGAAAGUCGUCAUCCUAUAAGAAUUAUUACAGCAUCAGUCAUGAUAGAAGAAGUUCUGUCAAUUAUUGAAAGUUUGAAUGAAGAAACAAGUGAUGAUAUUUUGAGAAUUGUUACACAUCUUGCUAUAUUUUUAGCUCUCAUUGAACCAUUAGAAAAUCCAGAUCAAUUAAAUGCAAUUAUCACAUUAUACGUUUCCAGACUAGCUGAAAAUAAUCAAAAUGAUCUAAUACCAAUAUAUUUAUCAUUCAUACCUGAUGAAAAAGAUGCAAGAGAAAUAUAUUCAAUAAUACUUUCAUCAAUUACUGACAAACUGGAAAGAGCUAAACAAUUACAAAUUGCUAAAAGAAUUACUAAAACAAUGGGAAAUCAAGAUGAAUUGGUGGAAAUAGAUAAAGACCAAGACGAUAAACUUACCAAUGCUUUAAAGAGAACAGUAGAAAGAGUGAUUGAAGAAACAGCUCCAAAUUAUGAGCAAUCUGGACCUAUUUUAGUACAUGAUGAUGAUGAUUCCGAAAUUGAUGAAACAGAUUUGAGAUUAUAUUCAGCAGUUGAAUGGUUUUACGAAAAUAAAAUGUACGAAGAUGCGAUAAAAGCAACAAUAAUAGUCAUACGUCGUUUUUUAUUAAUGGGUAAAUUAUCAAGUUUGAAAAAAUUUGCAGAUGAUAAAAAUUUCAAAAAUUUAAUAUCAGAUUAUAAUUUACAAUGUUUGAGUAAUGAAGAUGAUAUAGAAUCUAUAACAGAAGAUAUGAAAAUUGAAUUAAUAAAUUAUUCAAAUUUUGUUGAAGGGUUAAAAUUAAUGAGUCAAUGGAGAAAAUUUGCAGCUGAAAAGAAUUCAUUUAAUGUAUCAAAUCUUGAAUUAUCUUUAAAUAAGACUAAUCAAUUAUUGACUGACUUAUUGAAUGACUGGCUUACAGAUUUGUCAGAUCCAAUGUUGAAAGAAUUCAGAAUACUUUAUAUUCCAUACAUAAUAUUGGAAUUGAUUACAAUAUAUCAGAAUGCAAGAUCUAAAGAUUGGAAAUAUAUAAAGUUAGCAUUUGAAUUAAUAAACAAAGUUGCUGAUGAUUCACAAAAUGACUUUUUACAAUGUUUCAAAUCAAGUGAUAGACUAAAAGAAUUUCUAUCAAAGAUUGGUGAAUUAUCUAUAAUUGCAAGUGAAGGAGGAUUAGAUACUUUAUAUUGUCUAUAA